UAGAAAAUGAGUUAAAUGAAAUCUUAUAUUUCUACAUUUCAGAUUAUAAGUCAGAGUGAGGCAAUCAAGAGACGUUCUAUUGUGUUUGAGGAGCCUAUGCCUCUGCCGGAACUAAUAGGGGAGUCAACAAUAUUUGGAGAGUAUCAUAUCAGUGAGCUGUGCCAGGUGAUGCCAGGGAGAACAGUGGGUUAUCCAUGGACUUUGAUAUACAGUACAGACAAGCAUGGCUUCUCACUGAAGACAUUGUACAGAGAUAUGGUGGGCCUGGAGAGUCCUAUACUGAUUGCUGUGAAAGAUACCAGUGACAAUGUAUUCGGAGCUAUGACAUCAUGCCAGUUGAAGUACAGUGACAGUUUCUAUGGUACAGGGGAGACAUUCUUAUUCACGUUUUACCCAGAAUUCAAAGUGUUCAACUGGACAGGAGAAAACAACUUUUUUAUCAAAGGAAACCAAGAAAGCUUAAGCAUUGGAGCUGGCCAAGGUGUAUUUGGACUAUGGUUUGACGAAGAUCUGUAUCAUGGGAGAACAAACAAGUGCGAAACAUUCGAUAACGAUAUACUCACAUGUUCUGAAGACUUUGUUGUUAAAGGCGUUGAGGCCUGGGCAUUCAUUUGGGACUGAAAUGUGAUAUAUAAAACCCUGUAUGGACCUCCUUCCUUCAGCCGGCAAUGAAGAUAUUGUGCAAACACGCAUACAGCAACACUUUUGGAAAGCUUGAAAUUUUGCCAAUUUUAGCUCCCGCGAGGUUGAUCUGUAAAGAAAGGGUCAAGGUUUACAGAAGUUUCGGUCUUUGUAGAAAGGUGUGAAUGUUAACUGAAAUGUGGUGUAGCUAAACCUUUCAAAAGAAGACAUAAUUUUAUGACAGACAUUAGCUCUAUCUGACAAUGGUCAACUUACCACCUAGUUAUUUUGAUACAUUAUUAUUAUAUAACAUAGGUCUUUUGCAUGACCUUAUUGUUUGGAAGUUAUAUUGAAAUGUGACUGCCUUGUAAUGAAACCAUUAUGGAAUAUUAAGUUCAGAGACAGACGUGUUACAUUCCAAGUUAAUUUUUACCUGGAAGAGGUCAUAUCUAAUAGAUAGUAACAGGAAUAUGUUACUUUUUAUUAUAGGGAUUCUUAACUUAGAUAAUAAUUUCAGACAUGGAGCAAAAUUUUAUGUUGAUUUUAGAAUAUUUUGCCUUCAGCUGGCUGAGCCAUGUGAUGUGGCACAAUGUUGGUAACUUUGGUCAAAACUGUUUAAAAGACAUGAAUUGAAAAGAGAAAUUGUUUAAUGUACAUGUAAGAUCUGACUGUCUUUCACUCCUGGAACUCCAAGGUGUUCAGUGAAAGGUAUUUCAAUGUCCUGGUAGACAUAAAAUUUAAACAUUUUGUCAAGAAAAAGUACUUAAUAUAGCUAAUUACAGUUUGCAUGUAUCGGCUAGGGGCUGCAAUGCUCUUGACAUCGCAUUUGUGAUAUUUAAAUUGUCAGAGCGUCUAAAACUAUGCACUAUGGGACAAGAUGCAUAUUUUGGCUACAGUAGCGUUCAAUCUCCUUCCAUGUAUCUUUGACUGAAAAUGAGGCAGUAUUGUAAAGAUAAGAGGUUAUUAUAUAAUUAUGUUUCAAAAAUGAGGAAGAUCUACUUUGCAAAUGACAUUAGACUGAUAAAAGCUUGUGACUGUUGAAGCACCUCAAUGGUGUAAGCAGAAUGCUAUAAAAUUUUGACCAGAUGUCAGAUUUGAAUUAUAUUUUCACUUCUCAUUUAUGAAAGAUAAUAUUAUAGUUAUACUGAAUAUUAAAUGUAUGUGUUAAGUGAUAGUGAAAAAUUAAGAUCUCCAAAUUGGAAACCCUGAUGGUAAAUUUUGUUGAUGCUGGAACACUGAAUGUCUGUAAGGGGAGAUAACUAGAAAAAUGUACAAGUAAUCUGAUUUAUUAGAAGUUACCUACCUUAGUAUUAAAUGUAAACUUAGGUCUAGAAAACCUGUUGUUGUAGCCAAGUUUUGAGCUAGUAUAGUGAUAAAAUUAUUAGAAAGUGUCCGACCUCAAUGACUGUUUAGGGUAUUAGUUCAUUGAUUGAUAAAGGCUUUGAUUCAUUCAUUGAUCAAGACUUGAACUCAUUUGAUAAUGGCCCUGAUUUGAUCUUCGGUUAAGGCCUGAAUUCAUUAAUUGAUUAAGGCCUGAAUUCAUUAAUUAAAUAAGGUCUGACUUCUACAGUUUAAGUCCUAAAUUUUACACAUACAUAAUUGAGAUGCCAGAUAUUUCUUUCGAUGAAUUUCAGUUUAUGAGGUAGCUGGUGUUUUGAUUGCACUGGCAGACCAUUUUUCUAAUAGCUACAGAACACUAUACAAUGUUUUUAGUAUAAUUUUGAAUGCGUUAUUAGCAAACUUUGAUAUAUACUAUUCUAAAGUCUUUAAUAGUCAGGCUGUGUAUGUUGACGAAUACCAACCUAGUUUUAUAGAAUUAUAUAGGAUGUAAUGUAUAACUUGUACGUAUUUUCUAGAUAGAAGGAUAAAUUUAGAUCAUAGACAGUUGUCUCAAAUUACAAGGGAUCAAGCGUUUUACUGAAAUUCAACUUAAAAAUGAGCCGUGCCAUGAGAAAACCAACAAAGUGGCUUUGCGACCAGCAUGGAUCCAGACCAGCCUGCUCAUCCGCACAGUCUGGUCAGGAUCCAUGCUGUUCGCUUUCAAAGCUUAUUGCAAUUAGAGAAACCGUUAGCGAACAGCAUGGAUCCUGACCUGACGGAUGUGCAGCCUGGUCUGGAUCCAUGCUGAUCGCAAAGCCACUAUGUUUGUUUUCUCAUGGCACGGCUCAAAUGAUGUUCUGUUCACAUUUUCAGGACAGGACUUGAAAAUGUAUUCAAGAUAGCCAGAAAUUUGACAUAACUGAGCUGGAGAUAUCGAGUUUCAGUUGUAGUUGUUAAAAAUUUCUAUGUUAAUGACGAUAGUUUGGGACGCAAAGACAUUAAUUAUGGGCAACAACUACAGAAAGAGAUUUAUGGUGCUUGGGUUUGUUGUCUAGUCAGGUCAUACUUACCGUGCAUUUAUGUUGUGUUGGGAGAAUUGAUAUGCGUGAAAAUAAGUGUAAAAAAUCAAUUAUUUCGUAGGCAUGAAAUUUUGUGGUUUAUGCGAAAGUGGCUGUUUCAGUUUUGAACCUUAAAGCAGAAAAUUAAUUGCAAUGUCGUGACUUUUUUCUUGGGAUUUGACUUUGUGAAUUGAGUAAAGCACAAAAUCCAUGAAAAUUAGUCCCCCACAAAUAUUAAUGAUUUAACAGUAGCCACCUGAGUGGCUCGGUAGGAAGAGCACAACUGGUCUCAAGGUCGUGAGUUUGAUCCUUGGAUGACCGGAGUAUUUUCUCUGAUGAUUUAAAGUCAUUGGUCUUUCACCUUGUGUUCAGAGGCAGGUCAGUUGACCUUUGUUACUCGACUAAAAUAUUGUUGAAAGGUGUUGCUUAACUGGUAUGAAACACGUACAUAUAGAUGCGAGAAGGUAACUGCAAUGAUGGAAGGUCAUUUUGUACACUUUAAGAUUUUCUGAUAAAAUUUUUGAUGUCCUCUUUUUAUACGCCCGUUUGAAAAACGGGACGUAUUAUGGGAACGCCCCUGGCGGGCGGGCGGGCGGCGUCCACAGACCUUGUCCGGAGCAUAUCUUCUACAUGCAUGAAGGGAUUUUGAUGAAACUUGGCACAGUUGUUCACCAUCAUGAGACGGAGUGUCAUGCGCAAGAACCAGGUCCCUAGGUCUAAGGUCAAGGUCACACUUGGAGGUCAAAGGUCAAAUUCAAGAAUGACUUUGUCCGGAGCAUAUCUUCUUCAUGCAUAGAGGGAUUUUGAUGAAAGUUGGCACAAUUGUUCAUCAUCAUGAGAAGGAGUGUCAUGCGCAAGAACCAGGUCCCUAGGUCUAAGGUCAAGGUCACACUUAGAGGUCAAAGGAUACAAGAAUGAAAACUUUGUCCGGAGCAUUUCUUCUUCAUGCAUAGAGGGAUUUUGAUAUAACUUGGCACAAAUGUUCACCACCAUGAGGCGGAGUGUCAUGCGCAAGAACCAGGUCUCUAGGUCUAAGGUCAAGGUCACACUUAGAGGUCAAAGGAUACAAGAAUGAAAACCUUGUCCGGAGCAUUUCUUCUUCAUGCAUAGAGGGAUUUUGAUAUAACUUGGCACAAAUGUUCACCACCACAAGACGUAGUGUCAUGCGCAAGAACCAGGUCCCUAGGUCUAAGGUCAAGGUCACACUUAGAGGCCAAAGGUCAGAUACAAGAAUGACUUUGUCCGAAGCAUUUCUUCUUCAUGCAUGGAGGGAUUUUGAUGUAACUUGACACAAUUAUACACCAUCAUGAGACGAAGUGUCAUGCGCAGUUCCCUUCUUUAGAAUUACUUCCCUUUGUUGUUACUAUAAAUAGCUUAUAUUGUAACUUUUUCAUUACUAGUCGUAGGGAAAAAUCGAGACCACUUUUCUGUAGUACAACAUGCAUGCUACACCCAAUUUUGAGGUGUAUUUUGACCAGUCUCUACCUGGUAAAGAUUUUUGUGUGGACUUACAAUUUUUUUUUUUUUUUUUUUUUUUUUUUUUUUUUUUUUUUUUUUUUUUUUUUUAAGAUUAACUUCCCUUAGUUGUUACUAUAAAUAACUUAUAUUGUAACUUUUUUAUAAUUGACCGUAGGGAAAAACCAAGACCACUUUUCUGUGGUACAACAUAGAUGUUACUUUCCAAUUUUAGGUGUAUUUUAAGGUAUCUCUACCUGGUAAGGAGUUUUUUUGUGGACUUAGAAAAACAAAACACUUAGUUAUUACUAAACAACCACAAAAUUAAAAUUCCAUUUGCAAAUACAGGUGCUAGAGUAAAGAAAUUUGCUGUGACGGGCGUAUAUUGUGACAUUCUUGCACUCUUGUUGAG